AUGGCAAGCAUUGCCCUUGCAGAAGCAGACAAGUAUGAGGUUUUGGAGAAGAUUGGAGCUGGUUCCUUUGGAAUCAUCCGUAAAGUCAAACGAAAGACAGAUGGCUUUAUUCUCUGCCGAAAGGAAAUCAACUACAUCAAAAUGUCUCAGAAAGAACGAGAGCAACUGACCGCAGAGUUCAACAUCCUAAGCUCACUGCGUCACCCAAACAUUGUCGCCUACUACCACCGUGAACACCUCAAGGCUUCGCAAGAUCUAUAUCUAUACAUGGAAUACUGUGGGGGUGGUGACCUGGGAAUGGUGAUCAAGAACCUGAAAAAUAGCAACAAAUAUGCAGAAGAGGACUUUGUCUGGCGCAUUCUGUCCCAACUUGCCACAGCUUUGUAUCGCUGCCACUAUGGUGUCGAUGCUCCUGCAGUUGGCUCGAAUCUCCUGGGUCCUGCCCAACCCCGACAAGGUCUGAAGGGGAAGCAGGCCCAAGUCAUGAUCCUGCACCGCGACCUCAAGCCAGAAAACAUCUUCCUUGGUAGCGACAACAGUGUCAAGCUUGGUGACUUUGGUUUGUCGAAGCUCAUGCAAUCGCAUGAUUUUGCAUCUACAUAUGUCGGCACGCCUUUCUACAUGUCGCCUGAAAUCUGUGCUGCCGAGAAGUACACUCUGUACUCGGACGUCUGGGCCCUUGGAUGUAUCAUGUACGAGCUGUGCCAGAAGGCCCCUCCGUUCAAUGCAAAGACACACAUUCAGCUUGUCCAGAGGAUUCGAGAGGGCAAAUUUGCUCCGCUGCCGGACGUUUACUCAUCCGAACUCAAAAGUGUAAUUGCCAGCUGUCUGCGUGUUAACCCAGAUCAGCGACCUGACACCGCGGCAAUACUAAACCUGCCUGUGGUCCGCCUGAUGAGAAAGGAACGCGAGAUUGCAGACUUGACGAACAGGGUCAAGAGGCGCGAGGAUGCGGCGAUACAGAAGAUGAAGGAGCUCGAGGUGAAGAUGGCCAACCAUGAGAAGGACAAGGCGCUCACUCGAGACGAAAUUGAAGCAACUGUCCGGCGUGAAUGGGAAGUCAAGGCACGCUUAGAAAUUGAGCGUCAAGUGCAAAUGCGAUAUGAAGAAUUGGCCAAACAAUUCGAAACUGAAGUCCGCGCUCGCGUCACCUCCGAAGUAGAGAAACACGUCAAGGCCAGGGCACCGCCUGCUCCUGCUCCAGAGAUCCCCCAGCCGCGCGAAGUAUCUCGCUCGUCUACAAGUUGCAGUGACGACUCAGACUUCCCAUCGACCACGGAUAUCAGCGAGCUUUCAUUAGAAUCGCCUCGCUCAAGCCGCAACAAACCCAGUAUUCGGAAGGAGUCAAGAACCCCUUUCUCUCGCGCAAAGACCACAGUUGAAUCGCCAAUGGACAUUCAAAUGGGCGAACCGUCUCCAAUUACCAUUGCUUCUCUCUCACUAUCGCCACGACGCACAGCCCCAGUUUCCAAAAACCUCUUCACCGACCAGUCGCAACAGAAGAGCAAAUGGGAACCCAGUCUUAUCAACUCCGAUGAUGAAGAGGAUAUACCUGACCUUCCGUCUCCGACCCGGCCCAAAGUAAAGCCAGACCCGUACAAAACGACUCGCCGUCCACUGCUCCGGCAUCAAACUGCUGCCAUGAUGCAGAAAAUGAGCACACAGCCAUCCAUCUUCCCAGCUGGAGCAUCGCGAUUACCACCUCCGGCAUCGCAGCAAGCACAACAUCACUCACAAGAAACGCGCCCAGCAGGCGCAGAAAUCCGUUCAAAAUCUCCUAAUCGCAGACUCUCAAAGAUCCCAUCUACCUCCAAUCUAAUCGGUGACGCAUCAACCUCGCCUACCCGUAAAGGCGCCGCAGCAGCAGGAAAAGCAGCCACAUUCCAUCCCAAAACCAACAACACACUCAACCAAACCAAUUCAAACGCCGCGAACACUAUCAAUACCAUCCCUGACGACAACAACAUGUACAAAGCCGUCAUGCAGCGCAACAUGGGCGGGCGCACACUCGUCGAACUCGCGCAAGCCCGAGCCGGCGGCCGCACUACCUUCACUCUUCUAGACGACGCAAACGCGAAACGGGUGUCGAGCGACUCUCGCGCUUACACCUCUUCUUCGUCGACGUCGGCUAAUUCUUCUUCUGCUUCUGCGUCGUCGUCUUCCUCGUUGUCAUCGUUCACUAAAUCGUCGGAGAAUCCGGCGACUUGGGAUCCGCACAGUGAGCAGAUGCCCAGUCCGUUUGUGUCGAGGAGAGUGUAUCACAGCUUGCGUUGA